AUGGAGAAGGUGGGUGCUUCUCUUGCUGGGCGGCUAACAUUGUUGAUUUUGUUCUUCUUCUUGGUGACGCUCGCUGCUGCUUCUAGAGAAGUCAUCAGCUUGUACGGCAACGUGAAACAAGACCAGCAACCUAAAGGUCCUAAAAAGCAAGUGCAAACAAUUGAAAGGGAUGCUGAAAGUUCAGAAGAGGAAAAGAAAAGGUUAAACAAGAAAGCAAGGGAUUCCAGGUUGAGAAUGCCAAUGAAAGCAUAA